AUGGUGGUGGACUCAAACUUCAAUGUUCGUGACCUGCUUGGUUGCCAGCCCUCAUCAGCGCUGUUCCAAGAGUACAUCAAAGGCCUCGUCGCGAAAAGCCCUGAAGACAACGCAGAUGUCCCCGAUGUGAAGUCGUACUCGGAUAUCGUUUACUUCAACUACUACCAUCUCGGCGCCAGCCUUUCAUUCGUGCCUCGCGAUGGAUACAAGCUCAAGAUGGGCAUGAAACGCGACGAGCUCAAGGACGAAUCACUGGCACUCGACGGAAUCGACAUAUACAAUAUGCCCCCGAGCAAACCCACGGACGCGCAAGCCAAGUCGCGUCGUACCGCAGAACUCAAAUAUUCUACAUAUCCCAUAUCACCCAUCAACCUCCCUUUGACGGCCGAGGCUAAAGAUAAGGACGGGAACGUCGUAGAGCGGCCCUCCGAAAUCAGUGUUACCCCGCAGACUUCUGGGAAGGAAUUUGUGCACGCAUUGGGCGAACCUGACAAGAAGGGCGGCGGCGCAGGUCCCUCUAGCGGAUCCAUCGGCAUAUUCUGCAGUUGGUCGAAAGAUGGAAUCAUGGUUGAAUUUGGAGGACAAGAAGCUAUUGGACCCCAAGCUUGGGAGAGAGGCAAGGAUGCGGUGUGGCGAGUCAUCACCAUAUUUCCAGCCGAACAGACAUGA